AAACAAUGGAUCUCAAAACAUUUAAAUUGCUACAUCCGGUGAAAUAUUACAAGGAUUAUCUGGAAAACAACAUUCGUCCCGAUGGGCGGGAGUUGGAAGAUAUACGUCCCUUGGCUAUCAGCUUCGGUGUAAUCAAAAGUGCAGAUGGAUCAGCAAUUGUGAAGAUAGGCAACACAACAGUCGUCUGCGGAAUCAAGGCAGAAUUGGCUGCACCCAAGGCGCUAGAACCUCUAAAGGGUUUUCUCGUUCCGAAUGUUGAUUUUUCCCCUGUAUGCUCACCGUCGUACCGGCCGGGUCCACCGCCGGACGAAGCGCAAGUUUACAGUCGAUCGUUAGCCGAUGCGAUAAGUAAUGCUCACUGUAUCGAUCUGCAGGACCUGUGCAUUUCCCCUGGAAAGCUCGUAUGGGUUCUGUUUUGUGAUCUGGUGUGUCUAGACCAUGAUGGGUGCGUUUUUGAUGCCGCCAUCGUAGCACUGGUAGCCGCUUUGCACACAGUGAAACUUCCCGCCAUUCAAUAUAACGAUGAUACAGGGGAAACAGGCACGGAUACAUCAAGGCUCUCCCCGUUGCCGGUUCACGGUGUGCCUGUCACGACAUCGUUUGUGAUGGUUAAUGACCGGUUACUGACCGAUCCGACUGCCGAAGAAGAAAAACUUGCCAGCACAACAUUUACCGUAACGGUGAGCGAUGGCAAGAUGAGCUUUUUCAACCAAUCUGGAGGCGAUCCUUUUGACAGCGUAACGGUGAAAAAAUGUACCGAGAGUGCAAUGAAACGCGAACGGUCUGUGAAGCGGAUAAUUCAGAACAUAAUGCAUAAAAUAAAUUGA